AUGAAGAUUCUCUUCCUCUGCACGGCGCACAACUCACUUUCUCAGCGUCUUGCCCUGGCUCUGUCACGUUUGCACGAUGUCACCAUUGAGUAUGCUUUGUCAGAGGAAGUCAUGCUUUCUGCAGUGACCUUGGCACAGCCUGAUAUCAUCAUCUGCCCCUUUCUCACCACACUUGUCCCGAGGAGAAUCUAUGCAGACCAUCUGACACUCAUUAUCCACCCUGGCCCUCCUGGUGAUGUCGGACCCAGCGCUCUGGAUUGGUUACUCAUGGGUGACGAUGGUACGGUUGACGACUCGAAGGAAUUACUCCAGCAUCUGGAUACUUUGACAUGCAAGCCUGGUCGUUCGCAUUGGGGCAUUACUGUGCUGCAGGCAAUCGAGGAGUUUGACGCCGGUCCAGUCUGGGCUUACGAUCAGUUUGAGAUUGACAUUGACCAGCCAGGCCUGACCAAGUCGGAACUAUACAGAGGUCUGGUGACUACUGCAGCUAUCACGGCCACCUUGGCUGCCAUCAGUCGUAUACAGGCUGUAGCGAGGGCUGAUCUUGAAGUGGGAGACGAUAUGAAUGGACCUUACCCUUCUACUCUACAAGCAGAUCCCAAAUUUCGAUUGCUAUCAGUGGGGACCAAUACUACUUUCCAGGGUGRCAAAUUACACCACAGACCCCUUCUCAAAGGAGCACAACGCGAAUUCGACAUACGGAGGCACGACUCUUACCAGAUAUCGCGGCGGAUACGGUGUGGUGAUUCCCAGCCAGGAGUUCUGAGUCGUGUAUUCGGUGGUAAUUUAUAUAUAUAUGGAGGUCAAGUCGAAGACAACGCCGUUGGCGGUCAGCCCAUGGUCAUGGGAAAAUUAGCCUCCAAUAUCUUGGGAGUUCGUAACAAAGCCAUUUGUAUUGCGACUUGCGAUGGUAAAGGCGUCUGGAUCACGCACACACGCAGACCAAAGACGAAGUAUGACAAAGCUCUCUGGCCGAAAGUACCAGCUAUCACUGGCCUCAUUGAGCUCGGUCUGAUCAGACAAGACGACAUUGAUGCACUCUAUUGGCCACCACCGCUCGACUGGUCACUCUCAUCUUUUCGAACCUUUCAAGAGGUUUGGAUUGAUAUUGAGUUGGAUGGACGAAAUCGCAAGACGGUAUAUCUCUACUUUGACUUUUACAACGGAGCCAUGUCGACGGAGAAUUGCACACAUCUCAUCGCUGCCAUGGAUUACAUACUCACCUUGUCAACCAUCGAUGGCCCGGUACAGGCUGUGGUAUUGAUGGGAGGUACCUACUUCAGCAAUGGAAUCGCUCUCAAUGUUAUUGAAGCCGCCCAGGAUCCCUCCACAGAGUCAUGGCUCAACAUUAACCGUAUCGACGAUGCAGUUUACUAUCUUCUCCACGAAUUUCCACGACGUGGUAUUCUUACCAUAUCAGGUAUCCGAGGGAAUGCAGCAGCAGGAGGCGUAGCCCUCGCCGCUGCUUGUGAUGUGGUCAUUGCAGGAGCAAACGUUGUCCUCAACCCUGCAUAUCGUGCCGUGGGUCUCUUCGGCUCCGAAUUCCAUACAUUGUCCUACUACGGACGAUGCGGACACGUACAAGCAAUGAAGAUGUUACGUUCCAUGACUCCCAUGUCGCCACUCGAGGCACAAGCCGUCGGUCUCGUCGACUUUGUCUUUCCUGGCACUGGCGAACUACUGGAUGACUACAUCAGAACUCACGUCGCCUUUCUUCUCAGACCCGGUAUUCUCACCCAAGGUACCUGGAAGAUGGAUAUCAAUCUCUCAGCAAACGCCCUAGCUCUCGCCCGAGCACAUGAAUUAGGGGAGAUGAGUUUGGAUUUUUGGAGUCCUCGAGCUGUACGCUACCACACCCGAAGAUUCGAUUUCGUACGCAAGAUCCGAGCAACACAAACUCCUCUUCGCUUUGCGACGCAUCGUCGGAAAUUGAUCGGAUGUCGUGGUGAUGAGGAAGAAAAAGACAGUUUUGACAGUGUGGAGCAUUAUCGCAAGCAAGCCAUGGAGCAGAUGAUGUCCAGUCUUCGCUCCAAGAUGAGUGGAGAGUUCAAUGAGCUCAUGGUCAAGGGAAGUAGUAGACAUCGCAGCUCCAUCGUGUCGAGGACUGAGUCGAUUGCUUCCCGCGAUUCCAUCUCUACGAGGGAUAGUCGCGAUUCUGGGAUUGGAAUGGAUGUUGUUUCCUCUACGGAACGAGAGCGAGAUUCGUCUGCGCCGCAGGCUGAGAAGAAGAUGGAGCCUAUGUUUACUUGUUAUUACACACCACCACCGGAGAGCGAGAUCAAGGGGUUCAUACUGGCUAACACGCCGCCGGAGACGCCACUCUCUCCUGCAGAGACUGUCGAUCGGUUUUUCCAAAUGAUUUAA